AUGGGGAACAAUGACUCGCCCAACACUUUGGCCACGCUCUUCCAAUCGUUGUCCUCCCAAACCGCCAAUCGAUCGGGCCUUGGGGCAUUCGUACAGCUCUGCAAUUCCGCACGUGUCGCAGCCCAACAGACCUCUUUCUCUUCUAUCGCAAACUCCCUUCGCAACCUCCAUCGCAAUGAGACUGUGAACUGGGGCCAAGUCGUGUUUCUCAUUACCUGUGUGAUAACCAUGGCUGGCUGUGGUAUUUUUUCCUCUCUCAGGCGCCGCUCGCCAGCGAAAAAACCUCGCUCGCAGCGGUCCUCCAUUCGCAAAACUUUGUCCAAGUCGUCUUCGAAGACACUCACCUCAUCGGACGAUGACUAUGAAGAUGAGGAAUAUGAUAGCAAUGGAUCUUUGCGCCAUGCUACCCUUCCAUCUCGACCAGCCGAAGAAUACUCUCAGCCUAAGCAGAAGACCUGCGAUGCCUUCAAAACAGACCCUGGAAUCCUGAAGAAGUUCACUUCUUACCAAAAGUACACCACCUCCGUGGAAACUUAUCCUGGCAUUCGAACCUUCUUUUGUCGUCACCCGCACCUGGAUCGCUUUCCCACCAAACCAUCCCCGAUGCCUUUACUCGUAUUUGUACACGGACUCGGUGGAUCGCUUGCACAAUUUCAUCAUCUCCUUACUAGUCUUUCGAACGUCGGAUCUUGCUUUGGUAUUGAUCUGCCUGGGUGCGGUCUGUCCAAGUUUGAGCCAACCAACUGGGAUGCAUACACCGUGGAGGCACUGGCUGAGUUGCUAGCCGUCGCCAUUGAGCAACAACGGGACCCUGAUCAAGAUGUGAUUUUGAUUGGCCAUAGCUUGGGUUGCUCGUUGUCUGCUCUUCUCGCCUCGUCCACCUCGCCCAUCGAAACCCCUCUCAAGGAGCAUAUCAUUGGUUUAAUUGCCGUGUGUCCUCGAGCGUCGCCUCCGUCCGCUCAUGAGACCGCAGUUGCCCGCCGCCUGCUUCAUGUCCCGGGUCCGAUCUUUGAUCUGUGGCGUUGCUGGGACCGACGUGGUGGUAUUGAGAGCGCCAGCGUUAUGAGAAUGGUCGGCAACGAUGCCGAUGCAGAGACACGAGACCUUCAGGUCCGCUUCAACAAGCAAAGCCGGACACCUGUUUGGCGCCGUAUGGCGUGGGGUUCGCUUCCGACUUACAAAGGUGAUGAAGCCAUUGGGGGUAUGCCAGGAGAGAAGGUAUGGGCUGGUGUUCACAUGCCAAUUCUGCUCGUGGCAGGAGAAGCAGAUGCAGUGACGAAGCCGGUGGAAAUCCAGAACCUUUUGAAAUAUUUUGGCAAGGCUGCAGCUCAUACCACCAUCGACACCACUGGAAGCAGUACUAUUCCGGAUGCUUCACGAGUCCAUGACCAAAUGUCUGGACCGCUAAACACCCACCAAAAACCUCCUGUCGUCCAGGUGGUGAUUGAUAAUGAAAAGAAGACAGAUACCAGCUCUAGUAAUGAGCGCAAGAGAGUGGUCAAGUCGGCCAUCCUACCGGCUCCCGCAUCACAUGCUCUUCUUUACGACCGGGCGACCUACCGUACUUUGGCUGGCAUCAUCCAAGGAUUUUUGUCAUCAAACAUUGACAAGCGCCUCGGACUGGGAUGGCAAUUGCAACACCUGAAUACCUCAGGUAAAUGGGACGUGAAGAACCUAGCCAAAUGGCAGAAAGUUGCCCCGGUCUCAGCGCCGAUUGCCAAUACUUUCCGGGCGAUGAAGAUGCUGCGAGAGGUCGAUGAACACCACAACCCAGUCAAGUUCUCUGCGGAAUACCGUGACAAGAUUUACGCUGUCAUUGACAUCAGCCACGAAAGCCCGGUGUACAGCCCUGCACAGAUGGAAAAGGGCGGGAUUCAUUAUUGCAAACAUCCUACCGUCUCAAAGCUCCCUCCUACUCCCGACGAGACCCGAGACUUUAUUGCUCUGGUUGAUCGCCUACAGAAGGAGAUUGACGACCUGAUGGAAAAGCGAGAGGACCCAUCUUUGCCGCGUCCACUAGUAGGCGUCCACUGCCACUAUGGGUACAACCGAACUGGCUUCCUCAUCGUGUGCUACUUGAUUGAACAGUUGGACUAUCCUGUCAAGGAUGCAGUCGCCGAAUUCAACCGGUGCCGACCCCCUGGUAUUCGACACGAUCACUUCAUUGAUGAACUCCAUGCCCGGUAUGCAGGAAUUAAGAGAGUUCCAACUCUGUAA